AAAGAUUCCAGAAUAUAUGAGCCACAGUUGGUCGAGAGAUACAAUGCAAAAUAUGCAAACCAUCCCAUUCGCCUGUUUUCCCUUCCGCAUGAAUAUCGGUAGACAAGAUAGUAGUACUGUUAGCUGUAGUCAAUAAAAAAAAAAUAUCCACAAAUUCGUUUGCAGGUCCGUAAGCACACAAUUGCAAGUGAGUGGCCAAACUCGCUAAACAGAAAUUUUCUCUCCGCAACAUGUCGACUUUUCUGUCAAGAUCAUGUCGGAUUCAUAGCCCUUUACGCCUCGUAAUUCAAACCGCAGUAUGUGGACGUUCGACAUUCAUGUCAACAGCAUUAUCACUGGAAUCCAAGCGACCCGGGCAGAAUAUUGCCCUCCAGGAGAAUCCGUCUGUUGAAAGUGCAGCCGACGCUUCACCAGACGACACAAUAGCUCCACCAGAAGUCGACAUUUUUGAUAAACACUCACCAAGUUAUUGGAGAAAAAACAAAGCGCUCCCAGAAUAUCAGAGACAUAAACUGGCCAUAAGGGAAAAAUUGAAUGGCCAAACUUGGCAGCCUCGACAUCGUUUAUCUAGGGAGGCAAUGGACCAUAUGAAGCAGUUAGCUCGAGAGGUAUGUCGAGAUAAUUUAUUAUUACAUUCUAUAGCACAGGAUGCUGAUUAUUGCCUACAAAUUCAACAGGAUCCAUUGAAAUGGACGGCAGAAACCUUGGCUGUCAUGUACAAAAAGUCCCCUGAAGCUGUCAGGCGAAUCUUGAAAUCUAAUUUCGUAGGGAAGAAGCAGACGAAAAAGUUGGAAGAGGAUAUUGAAGAGGAUUGGGAAUCAUUAAAACAGGCAGCUGCUGUACGUAUGCGUACAAUUAGCAGUAAACCAUCUGGAAGUAGACAAGGUACCAAUUCCAGCAAGGCUAGCCCACAGUUUUUUAGUGGCUACACUGUAAAUAAGCCAAAGAGCAAUAGAAGAAAAUGAAAAUAUAUUGUAAAUGUCGGUCUUGGAGAAUAAAAUGUCAUACUGUAGUUUCGGUAAUCGCCAA